CUGAGGAAGGUGGCCAUCGGGCAGGGCGACUUCCAGCUGGUGGACCACACCGGGUGCCCCUGCUCCAAGGGGGACCUCAGGGGCAGCUGGGUCCUCCUCUACUUUGGGUUCACCCACUGCCCCGACAUCUGUCCGGAGGAGCUGGAGAAGAUGAGCCGGGUGGUGGACCUGCUGGACCGAGACCCCCGGCUGCCCCGCCUCCAGCCGGUCUUCAUCAGGGUGGCCCCCGAGGGGGACACGGUGGCGGCCGUGGCCAAGUACGUGAAGGAAUUCCACCCGCGGCUCCGGGGGCUGACCGGCACCCCCGAACAAGUGCGAGAGGCUGGCCGGGCCUACCGCGUCUACUACAGCACCGGCCCCAAGGACCAGGACGACGACUACCUGGUGGAUCACACGGUCAUCCUGUACCUGCUCAGCCCCGACGGGCUCUUCAUGGACUAUUACAACCGGUACAAGACGGACACCAAGAUCGCUCAGAGCAUCAAGGGACACAUGACAACCUACAGGAGCCCCUUCGGCUGAGCCAGGACUGGCGGGGGCCAGAUGCCCGGAGGCCACACGGCUAGUUUUGGAUGCCCGGCUGAACGGGCCCACCCUUGUGAGAAGGCAGGCUGUGGAGCGUGGGAGUGUGUGCGUGCGUGCACGUGUGUACCAUUUUGGAGUGACGAUUUCUACAGGGAUUGUCAAGGGAAAAAUGAUCAUGCUCUGAAAUGGUAUUUCAUGCUGCACACGCAUUUGACUCUUGCUUCCUUUUUUAUUUGCACUCAGGCGGUGUUUGUACAACACGCUUAAUGCAGAUCAGUUCCAAACUGA